GCAUCUCGCUUCUGGUCCCCCUCUUUCCUCGAUCUUCUUUGCUUCCUUUAGGGUUUUGCUCUCCUAUAUCCGCGACGUAGAACAAGAGGCGCGGCGUAGGCUUUGUAAAAGCAAAAUGAGCGACAACAAGAAGCAAGGUGAUCUUGAUAUGUCCGAUCUAGGCUCUGCUCUGCCCUACAAUACAUCUGGUCUAAGCGCUGAGGAUAGGGCAGGCAUGGUAAACGCUCUCAAGAACAAGCUGCAGAGCCUGGCGGGGCAGCACACAGACGUGAUGGAGACUUUGUCUCCUAAGGUCAAAAAGCGGGUGGAGGUUCUGAAGGAAAUCCAGGUUGAGCAUGAUGAGCUUGAGGCUAAAUUUUAUGAGGAAAGAGCAGCCCUUGAGGCCAAAUACCAAAAACUUUAUGAGCCUCUGUACACUAAGAGGUAUGAGAUUGUAAAUGGUUUGGUUGAGGUAGAGGGUGAUGCUGAUGACCUUGAAGAGGAUGCUGCUGAGGAUAAAGCAAAUGAAGGAAAAGGUGUGCCUGAGUUUUGGCUUACGGCAUUGAAAACUAAUGAUGUCUUAUCUGAAGAGAUCCAUGAGCGUGAUGAGGAUGCUCUGAAAUAUCUUAAAGAUAUUAAAUGGUCCAAACUCAAUGAUCCAAAGGGGUUUAAGCUCGAGUUCUUCUUCAAUCCUAAUCCUUAUUUCAAGAAUUCUGUCCUAACGAAAACAUAUCACAUGAUUGAUGACGAUGAGCCUAUUCUAGAGAAAGCAAUAGGGUCUGAAAUCGAAUGGUUUCCAGGGAAAUGCUUGACUCAGAAAAUUCUUAAAAAGAAACCAAAGAAAGGAUCGAAGAAUACCAAGCCAAUAACUAAGACGGAAACCUGCGAGAGUUUUUUCAAUUUCUUCAGUCCUCCCCAAGUUCCUGAUGAUGAUGAAGAAAUUGAGGAAGAGGCUGCUGAACAGCUACAGGACCUGAUGGAGCAAGACUAUGACAUUGGUUCGACUAUGCGGGACAAGAUCAUCCCUCAUGCUGUCUCAUGGUUUACUGGAGAGGCAGCUCAAGAGGAGGAUUUUGAAGAUAUGGCUGAAGAUGAGGAUGAAGGAGAUGAAGAUGAGGAUGACGAAGAAGAGGAUGAAGAUGAGGAAGACGAGGAUGAAGAAGAAGAGGAAGUAAGAACCAGGAAGAAGCCUGCAGCUGGGCGUAAGAAGACUGAAGGAGAUGGCCAGCAACUUGACAGACCUCCUGAAUGCAAACAACAGUAACUUGUCAUCAGCAUUGUGUGGCCUUCCUUCACAAAUGUGUUGAAUUUAUUGGUUAAGUAAACUUCAUCCUUAUAUUUAAUGUCUUAGUACUAUGUGUGUCAGUUCUAGUGCGUGCCUUAUGUUAUUUUUUUCUUCAGACAAUUGACAAUAUAAUCAAAAUACUUAAAUUCUUUUCCUUGAUAUAGGUGUCCUGUUUGGAAUUUUGGGUGAGUUUAGAGUCCGCAACUCUCAAUGUCUACUUCUCAUUUGUUUUAUAUGCCAAGUUCUUUUGAUUGUGUUUA